GUCUCUAUUGAAAUGCCUCAACAAUCAAGUGCUGUUCAGGUCCCUCUCUCUGGUCGCCUGACACGCCCUCGGCAGAACAAUGAAGGCACAGCUCAGCUGAAACCGUGGCGAACACGAAUACCCACCAUUUACAUUUAAUCUACCCUGUCAUCAAAGACAUCAACGUGGAGACAAACCGCUUCAUUCGAUCCCACUCUCACCUGGUUAUCAGGUGCAAACGCUGCAAAUUCGAACUUGAUCAGAGCAAUCUGGGUUAACAGAGGAGGGACGUGCGCUUGAUCAAUGUGUGUGUGACGAGAGCUGCUGAUAUCAUGCUUAUGGGAAUACUGUAAUCUCCUGAUGGCAUUAAGCAACUAUUGAUGAAGAUUAGCCCUUUUUGGUCCAUGGGUUGAAAAGGGCCGCCUUAAGACCACCUUCUCCUCCUCCAGUCCGACCGCUCGGCCGCAACUCCAACAAUCGGCUUGACUUCUACUUGUGGUUCUCUUCUGGUCAGUUGCGUUCUUCCACGGCAGAAGAAAAAUGAUAUGGAUUUGGAUGUUUCCGGUCCUAGUCAUGCUGGGUGUGGCACAGACUUCAGACCCUUUGACAAAUUUGGAUUAUAUUGCUGGGACAUUGAUUUUCUAUCAAAAGGAGGGAAACGCUACCUACCUCAGGAACACUGGCCAUCUGGCCUCAGUUGUUCCCACAGAGACUACGUUUGAGUUCUUUGACGCCCGGAACAAUCUCACCCCCGAGCAGCGCACCUAUACGUGGGACCUGGGCAACGGAGAAGUGAUCCAAGGAACUGAGCCAUUUGUGCAGUAUAGUUACCCUCAAUCGGGCAACUACACAUUGCGCUUGAAAGUAGGAGUCAAUGUGACAGAAUCUGGACCUCAGAUUACUGGGGUUUACUCCAGAGACGUCCAAGUGCUCGAUGCCAUUAAAGAAGUCAAGUUAAAGGGAGCUUCAUACUACAGCGUUUCUGAGAACACCACUUUGACUUUUCAUAUUGAUGGAAGUCCUCCCAUGCGGGUGUGUUCGCGUUUUUACCACAACUGUGGGCCAGACGUGACCGGGGGCUGCACCCUGACUAUGCUGUAUGAGACCAACCUCAGCCUGAGCCACACCUUCACCUCAGCUGGAGUCCACUGCCUGGACAUCAGUGUCCGCAAUGACAUCAGCAACCUGCAAGUUUCAUUCAGUCUGGAUGUGAGGGGAAACUAUAACACCCAGAUAUUCUUAAUCAUGUUUUCUGCUGCAGUUCUUGUUGCAGCCAUCUGCUUCAUCGUCCGUCGCCGUUACAAAAGAUCACAGAUUGCCAUUUCCAGUAAUGCUACAUUCCUAAAGAACCAAGACUAUCAUGAUCAAAGCAUGAGUCUCCUCGACAUGUCCACUGUGAAGAGGAGUGAUAAAGAGUCACGCCUCCUGCAGUAUGGCACCCACUACUUCUAACCCUCAUACUGCUCCAGUGUGAUUUGCUGUGUUCCAGCAGUAAACUAUUCUUAUUUUGCAUAUAUGAUGGACUAAUGCACUGAUUUAGUUUAGCACAAUCUCACAUUCCAUUGCAGUUAAUCAAUCUAGUCCUGACUACUGUCUAUAGUCUGUAGCCCAAACUUUCAGCUCAAAUAUUUUGUACAUUUCAAAAAAUAGAAAAGUGAUCAUAGCUGACAUUCAAAUGUGCUUAGAAUACAGUUUUUAUUAGUCGCUUUGACCUGUUGUGAAUAAAUAGGUUCCACUCAUUUUCAUCCUCACUAUUACAGCAGUGCAUCAGCCAAACGUGUAAACCCAUUCUCAUUGGAUAGCCACAUUUUGUCCUCCUUUUGCAAAACAGUUUCCACUGACAUCAUUCAAACAACCUAAACCCCAUUGUUUUAGCUUUGGUGAAACCAAUCUGUUUUAUUAGAAACCAGUAAGACCAAUAUGAACUCACCAUAGCACCUGACGCUCCUCCAUGAAUUUUCUAUCAGCUUUUAGGCCUUAAAAUGGUUCAAGGUCUGUGUUGUUGCAUGGUUAGAGGAGGUCUAAAGCAGAGACUGAGAAUCAACAGUUUAGUUGUGUCUCAUCCUCCAAUACAUUUGGGGACUGUAUUUUGACUGUAUUCUAGUCUACAUGUAUUUUCUGUAAUAUUUGCAAUAUUUCAGUUUUCUGCCACAGUUUGGAAAAUGUAUGUCAUGGAUUCAAUAAAUCAAAGCCUUUCUUCAUCUGGAUCCAAUUCUUUGCAUAAAAGGUAAAUUUGACAUAAACUAAAAUGACGACAAAUAGCAACAGGCUACAAUGACAAUCAAUGAUGCACUGAUUCACACUGAGAUCAGUGUUUUGUAUUUCGCUGUCCACUGUGUUAUGACUGAUUAAUGUGUUCAUAUACUUGGUUGCAAGUUGUAUUGCUUGUAGGCAAAAUAAGUUUUUGAUAAACCCAUUGAAAAUAUGAUAA